AUGGGUUAUCCAUCCUAUUACAAAGACAAUCCAUUCCAUAGUAAAAAUAGAUAUACAUAUAAACAUAAAUAUACACAUAGAAAAAAUAGUAAAAUAAGCAAUAAUAGUACACACACGUAUACAAAUCCCAGUAGUAAGUAUAAUACUAAUCAUUCGUGUCUUAAUAAUACAUCAAGGUAUAAUAAUGAUAAUAAUAUAACAUUUUAUGGUUCUUCUUCAUCCCCUAAUCUAACUAUAAAUCAAUCUAUUAGCCCUACUACGACUACUAUUCAUAAUAAUAAUGGUAGUAAUAAUAAAGUUGAUGAAAAUACUAAUUUAACUAGUAUUGAGAAAAGUAGGUAUCAGCCUCAUGUCUUUGAAUCCUUACCAAAUAUCAGAAGUAGGUAUAAUGUUAGUAAUUCCGCCUCUUUUUUCGAUAUUAAUAAAACUAUUAGUAAAUCAAGAUAUGAUCCAACUAAUAUGACAUCAUAUCAUUCCCAUCCUUAUAAUAAUAAUAGUACUAAUAAUAUCAAUAUUAAUCAUAAUGUUAAUUAUUUCAAUAAAACAAAUUUUGAUAAAUAUCAAACCCCAUGUACAUUAUCUAAUCGCUAUUUCCACAAUAAUAAUAACAAUAACAACAUACCCUCAUCCUUUACUCAAUACAGAAAAUUGAACAGGCCCACAAAUUACAAGAAGAAAAGUAAUGAUAACAACUAUACCAAUCGCAAUAGAAUAUCAAAGUUUUCUACUUUUUCGAGUAUAACACACUCCUACGUCAAACCACAAGCUAAACGUGCUCAUAACCUUACCAUUACCACAGAUAGUUUUUCUGGUAAACCAAUCAGAUCUGUAUUGGAACAGUCUUCUAAAAGUCAAAAUAAUAUAUCCGUAUCAAAUUUAUUAAAUUCCGAUAUUGGCAAUGAUAGUAAUAAUAGUAGCAUUAAUAACGAUAAUUUAUUGAAUAAGGAAAAUAGUAUACCAUUAUCUGAACCUGAUAAUGACACGAUUGAGAAUAACUCUAUGGGCAAUACUAGAUAUGAUCAAUUGAAAGAUUUUGAACAUAUUAAUAAUCCAGCUUUAUUAGUGACAAAAUUAUCGGAUUUGAAUUAUCAAAGCGAAAUAUCUUCUUAUCCAAAGAAUACCCCAACUUACAAUAAAUAUGUAUUCCCACUAAAUAGAUUGCAAAAUAAAUUAUGGUAUUUAAAAUAUCGUUUGAAAUUUGAAAAGUGUAAUGAUAUUAAAGAAAAAAGUUAUAUCACUUCCUUAUCACAGUAUUCAUUUUAUCAAAGGAAUAUUAGCAAUAAUAAGUUGGUCCGAAAUUGUAUGAAUUGGUUAUUGAAGAAUAAAUGUUUACAACUGAAAACUCACUUAGUUGCUAAAAAACAUCAAUGUAUGAUGAAUCAAAUUUGGAUUAAACAAUGUAAAGAAAUAGAACAUUUUGAUGAAAUAAGAAAGCAGAAAGAAAGACAAUGCAACACUAAAUUAGACAGUGACUAUAAUGAAGUUGAUGAUAUUGAUAAUGAUACCACUAUUUCCUCAAAUAGAUUUAAUGGACGGGCUCAUAUCAAUAGAGCAGAUUAUGUCAAUGAUGAUGAAUUAGAGGAUAUAAUGUGUCAGAUUGAUCCCGGUUAUAGAUAUAAUAAACAAGCUGCAACGAUCCCCAUGAUGCUAACCGAUACCCUAGAGAGAAAUUCUAUGCAAUUUAAAGAUGUAAAUAACUUAAAUGUGGAUAAAGAUAAAUGGGCUAUAAGAUUGGUUACAGAUAAAAUUGACACUUUCACCAAAGAAGAGCAUGAUUCUUUUAUCAAGGGUUAUUUAAGGUUUCCUAAGAAAUUUGGUAAAAUAUCCGAUUAUAUGGGGAAGUUAAGGUCGCCCGAGGAAUGUGUUUUGCAUUAUUACAGAACCAAGAAAAUUGUAGAUUAUAAAGCACUUAUUAAGAAAAGGAAUAUGGAUAGAAUCAAAACUAGGUUUAAAUCAAUUAAGAAAAACCAAGGUAAUAUAAGUGCAGAAGAAUCUUCUGAUGAACCAUAUAUGCUUGAUGUUGACGCAAUGAUAGAUGAAGACAGCCUGGAAUUGGCUUAUGAAAAAGAAAUGGAAGAGGAGGGUUUACUAGAUUCAGAUUCAUAA